AUGAUGAUGAGGAGAAUAGGAAAGGUCGAGAAGAAUUCCAUCUGGAGGGGAAAGGACGGCCUUUUAGAGGCGAGGAAACAGGCUGGAGCCGUCGUUCAGGAGGCCAGGCGUGGGGGGCCAUCGGAGGAGACGGUGCGUCCAAGCGUGUGCCGGAGGUGCAUGCUUGCUGCAGCCGGCUGCCUCACUGACCCUAUCGAGCAUGAUGAUUUGGCGCUGCGAGACAUGGCGGUGAUAGUGGUGCAGCGCCAGGUGGUGUUGUCCGUCUCAUUUGGUAACGGCACCACCCGGGCAAUUGCUCAAUCUAGCGGUGAGGCGGGCCUCACCCGUCCUCCACUUAUCUCACGGGGCUAUCCUUGUCCCUGCCAGCCAGUCAUCGGCAUUUCCUCGGCGGCCCCGCUUUCCCUCGUGAAAGUGUGCCAACUUCGGCUUCAUCCUUUGGCUGGGAUGCUCACCACGUCAAUCCCCUCCCUCAUCCCGCGGAACAGGGAUCUCGCUUUGUCGCAGCUACUGCACAUAAUUGACAUUGCCCCUCCUUCCCCGGGACAGCGUGUUGCUUCAUGCCACAGCGGCUCUCUUUGCCCAAUCUCGCGGCUGCUCCAAAGAAAAGGAGGGGGAGGGGUUGAGCCAUCCAGUUUGACUGCCAUGUUUGCUACGUUUCAUGAUGAGGAACCUCACAUCCUUCUUUCGGAUAUUAGUUGA